GUAGGUAGGAGAUGCACACAAUGCAAGGUGCACAGUGCACAAAUGCUUACUUUCUGCUUUAGGCAAUUGCCUAUGUUGCCAAUGCAUAGGGGGACUGCCAGUGCCUGUCCUGCACACUCCAAUCGCUGGCGUGGCUAAACUGUGGGGGGUGGGACAUGGUCGUGGCCUUUGACAGAAAAGAAUCUCAUGAUGCACCUACCGUAGGUGCCAGAUCUGAUCAGCCAGUUUUGAUAAAACAUGGAGAAAAAAAUUAGUGGAAUAAGAAGAAGUUAUGCGGGGUGCAAAGAGAUGACUCGAGCAUGAGUUUAGAUAGACUGAUAGGUGAUGGAUGAGAGUUGGAGGGGUAAGUGCAGGGAAGAGAGCUAGAGGGGGGGGAUUUACCAUCACUCACAUGCUGCGCUCGAUCAUUCCCUCUUUUGUGAGAUGGACAAUGAGUGCCAGGGGUUCAGGGCUUAAAAAGGAUAGGCACACUGUUACAGCCAGCGACCCUGGAGAGACAGCAGCCAACCCAGAGGUAUCAGGAAAAAAAAACUUGGAAUUACACUGAAUCUGUAUUUACUGCACUGCCAGGAAGAUAACUACGUGCUCUGAGGCUUUAAAAGGCAAAUCAACAAACACCUGUUUUGGGAGACAACAAGAACGGCAAGAAAGGCAAAGAAGAGAUGAAGUGGAGAUCUAUCUAUGCUUCUCUUACAGGGGAAAUGAUCUGUACAUCUGACAAACUAGGCCUGAGACCCAGUUGUUCGUGCUAUUUAUGGUUCAGAUCUAAGUUGGAUGUGUUUUUGGAAUUUGGAGGGUUUUUCACACGCUACAUUGAGGAGUGCAGGAGUUGAAAUUAGUGUAUGAAAUCACUGGUUUUGCUGGCUGGGUGACAGAGUCACAGUGCUGACAGUUCAGUUGUUCAGUAUUGGAAGAUUAGUUUGUGGUGCAUGGAGGGGAAUUAGUGGUGAACAAUGGCUCUGAACUGCCGGAUAGGCAAGCUUAUUGUCUUCCAGCGGUUUGGGUCAAGUACUUUGCUGGCUAUGAGCAAUUUGACAGCGUUUUGAAGAAUGGCUCGGUUACUUGUGUCCGCUUUGUUUUAAAAAUGCUUCAUGAGGAUCAUCUGUUAAUGUUUUUUUUUAAAACAAAAACCUGUUCAAACAGUCAUGAACUUUCUUUUGGCGGUGGUCGUCUUGUUUUAAAGAAAUUAGCUGUAGAAAAGAUCUUAUAAAUGUAAUGUGUUUUCUGAAACUUCAUUGAGCACUUUCAUGCUAACAUGGCAACUACAGGAAGGCUACAGGUUUGCUUAUGUCAUGUGGAGCAUCUUCCAUCAUAAAUAUUUGAUUGGUUUAGGAUUGUAGCACAUAUUGCAAGUUCUGGAAUGUAAUGACCCGUCAAAUCUGAAACAACAGAACAGUCUGAUUAGCAGAGGAGGAUGGAGGUGCACUGCUAUGUGUAACUGGACCAGAAACUUGACCUAUGUUAUCUUGAACAGUCGUGAUAUACAGUAUAAUAAUGGCUAACAUGCUUAAUGCACACAUGCAGUAUUACAGCUGCAUGCAUCUUUGGAGUCCACACCAGUUUGAAAACCAAUGACAGCCAUUUGGCUUGAUGAACAAAAUAUAAUGUCUCUAAAACAGGUUGGGAAUUCCCAGUUGACAAUGACAGUUUCCACGAAUGAUAACACUCAGUAACUGCUGUUGGAACCGUGAGUAAUUCAUUGAGUAUGAGCUCUAAAUGAUGCACCUUUUCCCACCACUCUGUUUCUCUUCCCCACAAACAGUUGCUGAAUGUUUAGGAGAACUGUGUUUCCCCCGGCUUCUCCACGAUGCUGUAUUCUUUAGCAGGAGGAGGCACACUCUGCGGUGUGGCCGCCCUCGUGCUUCUCAUCGUUUCUACGGCAACGGACUUUUGGAUGCAGUAUCGAUACUCGGGGAGCUCAGCCAAUCAGGGGCUUUGGAGAUUCUGCAUAAACCACAAAUGCCAUGCCCACACCAUAACUGUAGCUUUCUGGGAUGCCACACGGGCCUUCAUGCUACUGGCGGUGCUGAGCUGCUUUGCUGGGGUAGUGCUCGGCCUCAGCGCUUUCACUAAUGGCACCAAGAACAGGAGGGUCCGCACAGGCGGCAUCGCCUUGGUGCUGUCAGGUUUCCUUGCUCUGCUAGCUUUGGCAAUUUACACUGGAGUGACUGUCACUUUCUUUGGCAAACGCUUCUUGGACUGGCGCUUUUCCUGGUCCUACAUCAUUGGCUGGGUGGCCAUCAUUCUGGCUUUUGCAGCAGGCGUGUUUCAGCUCUGUGCUUACCAGAGAACCACUGCAGAACCUGCUCCCUCUAAUAACGCGGACAGCUGAACAAGCUGAACACACUGAUGAGCUCCAAGGACUGUUGACAUGGAAGUUGCG